AUGGCGGAGAAUACUGAAGCACAGGUGAGCUCACUUCGUGAUUCAUUAAAUAGGUGGAACGAAUCUCGUGGUCAACAUUCGAAAGGGUUUAACGAGUCAGCAAAGACUCUCUUUUCUAGUUGGGCAGACUCUAUCAACAACAGUGCUCAAGAUGUUUAUCAAAGGCUGCCGCUGACACGACAAGAUCUGGUGCAGGAUCAGGAACCUUCGUGGUUUACUUUGUCGAGGACUGAGAGAUUACUUCUAUUUAUCUGUUCUAUACUAGGUUCUAUUGCGUGCUUCACUAUAUGCAUUUUUCUUUUCCCAGUACUGGCGGUCAAUCCUAGAAAGUUUGGAUUACUGUGGUCAAUGGGAUCAUUGCUGUUUGUACUUGCGUUUGGUGUACUAAUGGGCCCUUCAUCAUAUGUUAAGCAUCUAAUUUCAAGGGAGAGAUUACCUUUUACCAUAUUUUUCUUUACCUCAUGUCUCUUAACGAUAUAUUUUGCAGCAAUUGCGAAAAGUACACUGCUGACAAUUCCCUGUGCGAUUCUUGAGUUGAUUGCGGUGCUGUAUUACGGAAUAUCAUAUUUCCCGAUGGGUGCCACUGGUUUGAAAAUGAUCAGCUCGGUUGGUGUAAAUACUGCUAGAGGAGCAUUACACAUUUAA